UGGAUUACUGCAGUCUGUAUCAAUCAGAAUGACGACUUUGACAAGAGCAGUCAAGUCAAGCAAAUGACUGAUAUAUACAAAGCUGCAACAUCGGUCUUUGCAUGGCUUGGACCUUCCGGCGACGACAGUGAUGUUGCAGUGGAUGUUCUUGAGCGAAUUGGGGAAGCUGUCAUCAAGGCGGGGAUGGUGAACCUUAGUCGGGAAGUUAUGCCCUGCCUGAAAGCGUGA